AUGACCUCGUCCAACGAAGCCCCUGGCGAUAGCAGCGCGCCGCCCAAUCCCACAACGCCGACCAACCUCUCCGAACACUCCAAAUCCGGCGGCUCCAAGGAUGGCAGCGCGACAGACGGCAAAAAGACUCCUGGAGAGUCCCCCAAGUCUGCCCCGGCGGCAGCCCCGGGCGGCCGUCCGCGCUCCAACACCAAGAAGACGGAGCCCCCGAGUCUCCUCCACGACUUCCUGCUAGGGCGGCCCUCGCCGGCGAGGCUGCAGGCGGAGCGCAAGCGGCGGCAGAGCAUGGACACGGUCAAGGCGGAGGCUCGCCACGAGAUGAGGCAGAACCAGGUGCGCAAGCUACAGCCGCCGAGCGGCGUCAGGGACAGGGUCAAGACGUGGCAAAAGGCCAAUGCGGCCGCCAUGGUGGACAGCAACCCGGACGAUGCCGCCACGGAGCCGACGGACGUCGCCUUUGCCGGAGAAGAGAUGGAGAGCGUGACGGAGGAGGACCGGGUGCGCAUCAAGAUGAGGCAGAAGAGGAGGCCGCCCAAGGCCAUUGUCCACAACAACGGCGGUGCAAAGUCCGAGACGGACAAGAAGGACAAGGAGAUCCCGCCCCCUCCUAAGAAGAGGAUCGUGAGCGACGACAACUGGGUCAAGCCCAAGGUCCGGAAGCCGUCCGUUCGAAAGGUGUCGCCGCGUCCCAGGAAGACGAGCAACCCCACCCCGGCCCGCAUUCCAAACGGCUUUGUCUUUCGAGCAGUGCCCAACCCGUCCUUUCAGAGCAAGGUCAAGGCGUGGGCAGAAAAGGUGGUGACGCCGCCCCCAAAGAGCCUCAAAGGCUCCCUAUCCUCCGAUCUUUCAGACUCUGAGGAAGAGGAAGAGGAGGACAGUGACGACGGGGAGACUGCGACCGAAGUCACCGCGAGGAAGCCUCUCAAGCCCAGCAUGGACGACACUGAUGGCAUCCGAGUACGGCCGAUACGGAAGAAGGAGCCCGAUGACGACGGGAUUCGGGUUGCACCAAAAAAGGCUACAGAUGACGACAGUAUCCGGGUCACGCCGAAAAAGGCUACAAAUGACGAUGGCAUUCGGGUCACGCCAAAAAAGACUACAAAUGACGACGGUAUUCGGGUAGCGCCGAUAAAGGCUUCAGAUGACGGGAUCCGCGUUGCGCCAAAGAAGGCUGCAGAUGACGGUAUCCGCGUUACCCCUGCAAAACCUCCACCUACCGCCCCUCAGGAUGACGGUAUCAGGGUCAAGCCAGUAGAGGUCAAGGAGUCCAAGGACGGCAUUCGCAUCACGCGUAUGAAAGUUUCACCACCACCUCGCGGCGACGGCAUCAGAGUAAAGCCAGUGACCGAGGCCAGGUCAGAAUCCGGAACUCCGAGGCCGACGCGGCAGCGAAGCAAAAGUACAGGUACCGCCUCCAAGAAGCAUACGAUUCACGACUUGAUCAAGGCUGUCGAGGAAGCAACCUUGUUGUCAAUGUCAGAUGGUGCGGAGGACCUGGACUCGUAUCUCGAUGCCCCGGCUGAGGAGCCCCGGCCGAAACCUCGACAGGGCGGUGUCAAGAGGAGCGGAACGAAGCGUCCGAAUACUAGAGCUAAGUCGGCAGACGUUGGCUCCCGCGCCAAGCAGCCGCCUCAUAUUCCAGACUCAGACCUGGGCACUACCUUGACCGACAGGUCCCUGGCUGACAUUCCUGGAGAAAUUCCCUUUGGGCACUCCGCCUUUAGUGAGUUGGAUUUGCCCCUCAGGGGUCCUCCAAAGAGCAGGCCGAAGCAGCAGCAGCAGCAGCAGAAGCGUACGAAGCUCGACCGGGCAACGAGUUUGAAGGCCAUGCCAAACGUGUUGAAGAAGGUGGUGGAGGAGGGCAAGAAGAUUAUCCAGGAGAUCAACGAGCCCUCGAGGCAUGCGACACCCAACAACCCCCCGAGCAUCGAGAAGUGGCUCAACAAUACCGUUGAGCCGUACGAGAAGGGCAACCGGCCACCUUCCCUCUCGUCGACGCUUUCCGAUGAGGACGAUGAAGAUGACGAUGUCACGAUAGGAGAGGCUGCGCCCAGGGACACUACGCGAGAGGCUAGACGGGAAAUCAGACCAAAGGAGACUACACGGGAGAUUAAGCCGAAAGAGGCCAUGCGGGAGACGAAAGCAAGGGAGAGCCGGGAGACGACACCGAAAAAGACUACAUCGAGAGAGAAUGUGUCGCGAGAAAGCCCACACAGAGCGUCUACGUCCAAAGAGACAAAACACAGAAGAAAGCCCUCGGCGGAGACAAGGAGCUCAAUGGUCUCGGAUUCGCGCGUAGUGUCAAAUGUGACGUCCGAUCUCUCGUCCAACCUUACUUCCAGCGUCGAAACGACGCACUCGGAAGAGACCACUCAGAGCGCGAAUGCAUCAAGUCCAAAAUCAGGAUCAAGGACUAGCAGAGAGUCCGAAAAGAGGAAAUCGGCCUCAUCAUCGAGUCUCAAAAGGAGGAGUGCAACGAGGGACUCUUUACCCUCGUCUAAGUCAGGUAGCACACGACGGCCGUUCCUUGGUGCUCUGAAGGAGGCCUUUCAAGGAGAAUCCGCGACCCUUACGAAGCCUAUCAAGGCCUACCAAAGCCAGGAAGAGCGCCGCUUCGCAUCCGAUGAUGACUCUCUGGAGGAUGAUGACCAGACUGAACUCGAAGCCGAUUCCCAGUACAUGCAGUCGAAUUCUGAGCUGAGCAGCUGGGUCACGACAGACACUCGCUCAAGUACCGAUAGGGACUCAUCCGUCCGCAGCUCAUCAAGGGGCGUACCACACAUCGCUGGGCCUCGCCUCCGACCUCCGACGAACGGCCACGAACUCUCAACCAUUCUCUCCGAGGGGUCUAGUGUCAGCCAUUCGGAGACCGAGUCAGACGUGAGCCGUUCUACCCUCACCCGCUCGACGACAGUUUCAAAGUCCACCGACCCGAGAACCCCCCAGCGACAAGGCUCCGGCCUCAAGAGAAGGCUGACGAAACACUCUGACCUGGUUUCUGUCCUCUCACUACCCGAUGACGCCAAUGUGCCCCAACGCAUCAAGAGCAACCGAUCGAGGCCAAGCCUCCGGAAAGCACGCGGCUUGUCUAACAACGUGACCGCGGAUGACUUGCUGAAAGAAUUCGCCGAGGAUGAGAACCUGUUCCGACGAGAGCUCAAGACGCUGGUAGACGGCGUGAUACCCGUGCUUCUGUCUCAUGUCGUGAGCGACAGCACUCCCCCCUCUGAGCUCUUUGGAGCUGCCUCUGCAAAGGCCAAGGUCGACGUCACGUCCAAAUCGGUCGUCAACAUGGGCGUUGUCCUUGAGAAGCUCAGGAACGCGCACGACAAGGCCCCCCUCAACGACAUCCGCCGGAUGGCCAACUGGGCUCACGGCGUUGUCCCUAUUUAUAACAACUACCUAGGCGUCUGGAGGCUGGGCUUCCAAGACCUGAUUGUCAAUCUAGCGCCCCGGCGAGGCUCGGCAGACGAAGAUGACUCCCUUCUCAACGCACUGCCAAGGAACGCGAAUGGCGAUCUCAUCAACGCCCAGGGAGAGCGCGUCGCCGUCGCCUAUCUCCUGAAGAGGCCCCUUCUUCGUAUCAAGCAAUUGGCCCGCCUCAUCGUCUGCGUGGAUCAAAUGUAUCCCUCUCCCGACACCAACCAGCUAGUCAAGGACUUUGAAGCCUUGCAAGAAAAGGCCCGUCAGCGCCAUAGAGAGGAGGUUGCGAGGAUUAUUGACGAAGAAGCCAUCAACACGGAUACUUCCAGAGCGCGAGACCUCCGAACUCUUAGUCCCAUGAAGUCCGUCACUAUUGCCGUCUCUCGUCAAGUUAGUGCCAAGGACAUUUUUUCGCUUGACCUCAGUCACUCCAACGGCCAAAGACUGGAGUGUCAGGUGGAGCUGGUGCACCGCGACAACCAGAGCCGUCCUGAGGAUAAGGGGGAUCUACUCAUCCGAGAGGUUGGAGACGGCCGGCGGUCCUACCUCCUCUUCCCGCCCAUUUCCAUGUCCCUCGUCUCUGCUCGCGCGGGGGAUGGGAAGCAGGACAUGGUCGUCAUGGUCCGUGGAAACCACAACGGAAAGGCGUGGCACGAGCUGCUCAAUCUCUGGGCGGAUGAGGAGGAGCAGAUUCUGGACUGGCUUGACAUCCUGCCAUCUUCGCCUGUUCCCCCCCGGCAGCCCGAGCCCAGUAUCCUUGACGAAUCUGAGCUGGGCUCGGACUCUCCGGGUAGAUUGCCAGACGUGCCUGUUGGCGUCCAGAGCAUGGUGAGCGUGGCAACCCGGUCCGAUACCACCGACCAUGACGACUCUGACAGCGGUCUCGCGACGCCACCUACCCCCACGCGAGCCGCCCCAGGACCCCCGGGCAAGACAGAGCCAUCUGCCUCAAGACAGAUCCCCAUCAUCUACCACAAUGACGCGCCGCCGCCGCGACCACCUGUUCACCGAACCCUUAGCCCCACACCUCAGCAGUCACCCAAGUCUCAGUCAUUGCUCAAGCCACCGAUCGACCUCCACGCCAAUGACCGCCUCAAGCGAAGAGGUUCAUCUCCUCUCAAGCACGAGUACUUGCCUUCUGAGGUCUCGUCCGCCUCGGGCCUGUCUUCUUCUGCCGUGUCUUCUAUCGUGGAAGAAGGUGAGGAAACAGAGUCUGAUGGUGAAUCUGUAUCUGGAACUGAGUCUGAGUCCGAGUCAUCGGAUGAGGAAAUGGAGAGUCUCGAUAUUCCCCAGACUGAACUUGGCUACAGCAUCAGGGAGGAUGACCGGAGAAGGGGCUCGUACGCACCUUCGUUUGCCCCUUCAAACACUCCUGCAUCCGAAGUCAGUUUGACGCCAUCCAACUCUGCCUCCCAAGCUGGUCUCCAUGGACGAAAACCAUCAGAGGAGGAUGGCAGCAUUGCCAGAUCGGGACGAUGCCUCGCGACCGUCUCCAGAUGGUCUGACAAGGGAACGUGGAAGGACGUUCAUCCUGACCACUGUUCGAUCAUGGUCACCGAUGGUCUCAUUGAAGCAUUUGCCUUCCGAGACAGCAACUACACUCAGCUCGACGACAGGCCCAUUGUCGCGUUGGAUCUCACGCCCCUGGUUCUGAUUCGACAGAGCACCGCCGUUGACUUGGAAAUCCGGUCAUCAAUGCAACCCCACAGCAAGCUGGCACCAGUCUACCAGGGAGGCAACUUUCGCUUCCGGUGCUUGAACGGCCCCGACUGCUACACCCUCUACACGGCCGUCCACCACGCCCGCCUCAACAACCAAAAGUUCAUCCAGCUGGAGAACGAGGCGCGAUUCAGGAGCUUCGGGGAGCGGCCGGCUCCCCCCGAGGAGGGCGACAAGAGCAGCCGCCGUAGCUGGUUCGGUAGGAAGAACAGCUACCGCAGCUCGGUGAGGGCGCCGCAGUCGCAGCAUUUCGAUGGCGCGAGUACCACGCCGUCGUCGACGCUCUCUGCCUCGAGCUUCCUCAAGAAGCUCACUCUUGUCGGAAACUUGUCGUUCAACCUGGCGCGAUCAUCCGUCGACAAGCGCGGCGGCCGGGGUGGAAGCGGCAACAACAGCCUGUACACGACGGGCUCCUCGUCAGGAUGGGGCUCGCCGCGAUCGCCGUCCGUCAGCGUGGACAACAGCGGCGAGGUGCCGGUCAACUUUGGCACCGACAACAUCCGCAUCCGGCUCCACCUCCUCGUGUCGCCGGCCAAGUGGGAAGACUACGGCAACUGCAACUUGCAGAUCCGACGACCGCCUCCCGGCUGGCGACAGGCUCUCCGGGCAGACCACGGCCUCGAGAAGCGCGUGACGGUGACGACGGCGCCCAAGAAGAGCUCCGAGAAGCCGAUUGUGGUGCUGGACGCCGUCUUGGGGAGCGGAUGCUUCACGCCAAUGGGCAGCCGAGGCAUUGUCUGCGGCGUGUGGGAAGAGGUCAAGAGCGGGGAUGGCGUCGUCGGCGGCGUUCCGGCGAAUGGGGCCACGGGGGGCAAUAUCAAGAAGUGGUGCUUUCAGUUUGCGAGCGUGGCGGAGGCUGGGUGGGUGUUGCGGCUGGUUCACCAGGAGGUUCUUACUACUUGA